AUGUCUAACGCCGAGCUCGCCUCUUCCUACGCCGCCCUCAUCCUCGCGGAUGACGGUGUCGACAUCACUGCCGACAAGCUCCAGUCCCUCAUCAAGGCCGCCAAGAUCGAAGAUGUCGAGCCCAUCUGGACGUCGCUGUUCGCCAAGGCUCUCGAGGGCAAGGACGUCAAGGACCUGCUUCUGAACGUCGGCUCAGGUGGCGGUGCUGCCCCUGCCGCCGCCGGUGGUGCCGCCGCCGCUGGCGGUGACGCACCAGCGGAGGAGAAGGCUGCCGAGAAGGAGGAGGAGAAGGAGGAGUCCGACGAGGACAUGGGUUUCGGUCUCUUCGACUAA